UCAUGAUGUCGACUCAAUUUGUUCACAUACAAAUUUAGUUAUUCUUAUGGCUAUAAAUUGGCUUUAAUUAGAUUAGUUUCUGCAUCUCAUCGAAAUGUUUGCGUCUUCGAUGCAUCAAGCCAAGUUCCUUGGAGGGAUGUUGAUCCUGCUUGUCUUGGUCUCAUACCACGUGACCAGUGUGACAUCACAAAAUGACAACCAGAGAGUUUGUCAUACAGAAGACUGUCGGCUUGGUCAACAAAUUGCUAGCAUGAUGGACACAAGUGUGGAUCCUUGUGAAGACAUGUUCCAGUUUUCAUGCGGAGGAUGGCUUCGUGAUAAUCCAUUGCCUGUGAAUGGCGAAUAUUUGACGUUACUGGACAAACUGAAGACUCAAAAUAAAAAAGAGAUAAUUCAAUUUUUGGAGAACGAUGACGUCAAAGACCAGUGCAGAGAGUCUACGGCCCUAGAAAAAGCGAGAACAAUUUUUAAAACUUGUACUCAGACGGAAGCGAAUGCUACACUGUUGUAUAAAUCACUUGUCAAUUAUAUUGAUGACUUAGGAUCCUGGACAGUCACUCCGACCCCUAAAGGAUGGAACGAAGCCAACUGGUCACUACAACACGCUUUAGAGAAAAGUCACUCUCUGUGGGGAUAUAGUUUCUGGAAUUACUACAUUAGUGUAGAUCUUCUUAAUGUUUCUCGGAACAUACUGUAUGUACGUGAAAAUGGUCUUUAUAAUGACGUUAACCCAGACUCGAACCGCAACCCAUUUGAUGAGCCAGCAUUAAAGGAGGCCUUCAUGAACGAGAAUGUACCACUGGCACUACUUCUAGGCGGAGAGGAACAGACCGCACGAGAGAAGCUGGAAGUAGUUUAUGAGUUUCAAAAGAAGUUAUCCAAGAUAUUCCUUCCUUAUGAUUUAAAAAACAAGGGAACUAAUCUGACGUUUGAAAAAAGAAUGACUGUAGGAGAGUUUCAGACCGUACUAGGAUCAUGGAUCGACGUAGACAAAUAUUUUUCUACUGUUGCUGGUCAAAAGUUUGUAACUAAAGAUGAUGAAAUGAAUGUAGAUGAGCUUGAUUACUUUAAGAGGCUCAGAUACAUCAUCCAAGGAACCGACAAAGAAGUUUUAGCCAACUAUAUUGUCUACAAUUUCGUCGAACUUGCACGCAGUUAUUUCCCUUCAUUCAUACCAAUAAAAGCGAACACUCGAUCAGAGAAAUGCUUAGAACUCUUUAUUUUGAAUGAUAUGAUGUAUCCAUCAUCUUCACUGUUUGUGGAGAAACAUCUCUCUCCAGAGCUUCAUACCAUGGCUGCUCUUAUUAUAAAUGGUCUAGAACAUCAGUUCGUCAAAACGUUUGAGGACUCAGACUGGAUUGAUUCAAAAGUCAUUCAAAGACUAAAAUCCAUGAAAAUAUCAAUCGGUGGUGAAGACUGGAUUACUGACCCAGUAACAAUUGAUAAGAGAUAUGAAACUCUUGAAGCUGUGGCAGGAGACUAUCUACAAAAUCGUGCUAACAUAGUCAGGUUUAGAAAAAACAAGAAAGCAAGACGAUACAGAAGUCCUCCAGAGGUAAUAAAAAUUACAGGCGUUUAUGAUGUGAGUUCCGAGUAUAGCAAUUUAUUCAAUGAGUUAUUUGUACCAACUGGCAUGUUGAUGGAACCUCUUGCAUCAGCAUCCUAUCCAGACGCCUACUUGUAUGGCUCCAUUGGUACACACAUAGGUACCAAGCUUAUUUUUAAUUUGGACAGAAAAAACAAUAGCAUCUUUGCAAACAAAUCAGAAUGUUGGAAAGAUCAGAUUGAUGCCUACCAGCUACAUGGGAAAAACCUAAGUGGUCAAUUAAAUAUAGAUAUAUUUAUUGCUGACAAUGUAGGUUUUAAGCUGUCCUAUGGAGCCUAUAAAAAUGCGUUUAAAUCAAAACAUACUUUGCCAAACCUGAACCUAACUGAGGACCAACUGUUUUUUGUCGGCAUGAGCCAGUACUUUUGUGGUCAUUAUGCUCCGGAAUUUGAGCUAGAGAGAGUUAAAGUCUGGCAGUACACUCCAGAUAAACUCAGGGUGCUUCACGUCAUCGCAAACAGUCCAGAAUUCGCAAGAGCUUUUAAGUGUUCAAAAAGGUCAUCUUUAAAUCCUGAGAAGAAAUGCAGUGUUUGGUGACCUCUUGACCCAUGGAACACUUCCUACAUUUUAAAACAACACACUCUGUUAAAUGUUAGCGUUUAUUUUGUGUAAAACCAAAUUUGUUAUAACCCUAUUUGGAUUGUUCUGUAUUAAUGUUAGUAAAAAUAAAAUUAAUGUUGAUA